AUGAAGGCGCCGUCAAGUUCAAGUCUUCUGGUGGCUCUCAGCCUCUCGGGCCUAGCGGCUGGAGCUGUGCAUAAGACAUUAGCUGCUACUCCUCAGGGUUGGAAAGCAAAUGCGGCAGUAGCCAGCGAUCAGGGUCAGGACCAGACUGCCAUCUUCACCCUGGCUCUGCACCGAGACUUUUCUGAUCUGGAAAACCACGUACUCGGCGUAUCGACCCCGGGGCACGCAAACUAUGGAAAGUAUCUAGAUGUCGGCGAUGUUGAAUCUCUCUUCUCGCCGGCAAGCGGUGCCGCUUCCGCUGUGACGGCUUGGCUCGAACAGAACGGCAUCUCCGACUACCAGAUUGAUGGGAGCUUUGUCGACUUUACUGCGACUCUGGAGACGGCGAACUCGGUCCUCAAUGCAUCAUACCAGCACUACACCAGCACGGAUCAAGACACGACGACAAAACUCCGCACCUCGCACUACACGAUCCCAGACGAGGUUGAGAACUACAUCGCCUUUGUUGACCCAGGCACCUUCUUCGGCAGCACACAGAAGUUUAGGGUUCCGUCGCACCUAAAAAACCCGAGCCGCCCGACACCAGCCAAGCGCGCAGCGUCUUCCACUGUCGUUGAUGCAUCCUGCGCGACAUCCAUCACCCCCUCGUGCCUCAAGCAGCUAUACAAUGUCCAGGAUUACCAACCGGACGCGAACUCUGGAAGCCACAUUGGUUUCGGCAGCUUCCUGAACGAGUCUGCACUUUACGCUGAUUUGGAGCAAUUCGAGGAGCUGUUUGGCAUUCCCAGCCAAAAUGUUACCAAAGUCCUGGUUGCCAACGGGAUCAACGACCAGAAUUCCUCCAACGGAAACUACGGGGAGGCGAAUCUCGAUGUGCAAACCAUUGUCGGAGUCGCACACCCCUUGCCUGUGACGGAAUUCAUCACAGGCGGUUCGCCCCCAUUUAUCCCCACGUAUGGACAGCCCACAGCAGCAAAUAACAGCAAUGAGCCCUACGUGCCCUUUUUGCGAUAUCUCCUCUCCAAAACAAACGCGGAGCUGCCACAGGUCAUUUCUAUGUCGUAUGGCGACCAAGAAGACGGUGUCCCCUACGACUAUGCCGUCUACUCGUGCAGUCUGAUCGGCCUUUUGGGACUCAGAGGAAUAUCUGUGCUGUCAUCCUCAGGCGACGGUGGUCUUGGCGGAGCUUGUCUGGGGACCGAUUUUAAGACGGUUGAAUUCGGGCGAGUCUUCCCAGCAUCCUGCCCGUUCAUCACCGCAGUCGGCGGCACGUCGGCAUCGUCUGUCCCCGAGGUGGCUUGGGACCAGAGUAGCGGCGGCUUCAGCGGCUACUUCCCACGGGCUUGGUACCAAGAGAAUGCGGUACAGGGGUACCUGCAAAACCGCAUCAGCCGCGAGACAUACGAGUACUAUGGGCAGUACACCCAUUUCGGUGGUCGGGCAUACCCGGAUGUUGCGGCACACAGCUUGAACCCGGACUUUGAGAUCAUCAACGCUGGUAAGCAAUCCGCCAGUGGUGGCACGAGUGCGGCGUCGCCUACGUUUGCGGCUAUCGUCGGCUUGUUGAACGAUGCUCGCUUCCGUGCGGGAAAGCCGUCUCUGGGGUUCCUGAAUCCUCUCAUCUACGCACUGAACGGUCGCGGAUUUUUCGAUGUCGUGGACGGCUAUACGUAUGGCUGUUUAGGCAAAAAAGCAGGCGAGGGAGUGGUUCCCGGUGCCCGAUGGAAUGCUACGGCUGGUUGGGAUCCAAUAACAGGAUUUGGCACACCUGACUUCCAGACACUGAAGGGGUAUGUGCUCAACCUGUAG